GUGCUUGGUGGCGCGUUUCUCAGGGCUGCUGUUGCCACCACUGCCGGGGCAGGGGGGCGGCAGGACGGCUGCAGGGCGCGGUGAAAGGGCCGAGGCAAGCGGCCGGAGGGGCAGGAGGUUCGCGGGCGCGUUCGGCAACCGGUGUUCUUGCGGCCGCAGCGGUGGCUGCGUGCUGUUUAUUGCAGGCGUCGGCAUGCGCAGGGGGUUCAGUUACAGACGGGCGACUGAACCGCCGGGAACCGACAGCGGUGCUGCUCAUUGCUCGCUGCUGGGCUUUGGCCGUGGCUGCCGCGUCCUGCGCAUGCGACUGAGGGCCGGUGGCGCAGCAGCUCGCGAAGCCUAGUGCAGGCGUCACGGCCGUCUGACCGGCUGCUGGAGCAAGCGUCUAGCAUUCAACGAAAGUGAGAUAUUUGUGAUGGAAAUGACGGCAGCCCGUCGGAUGAUGACCUGACAAUUGUUUGACGGUCGCACUGAUUGGAUUUGCUGUUGGCGGCACUAUCGUCGGCAGCAUCAGCAGCAUUGAACCGGCACCGGUGCACGGCUGUUGCUUGGCUUGUUGAUGGAAUUGGCAGACACAACCUGUGAUAGCCGCGAGUCUGCGAGGCCGAUCAAUGAAGCUUUGCUCAGAUUGCUGGUUGCCAGAAUGCAAUGGUUCGGCACACACGCAUCUCCCAAGAAGGUUAUGCGGAUCCUGGGAAUGACGAAUGCAGGGCUGUGCUCUUGGGCGUGCAGGUGGGCUUAAGAGUCAUGCAGAUGGGACACAAGUGAGAAACAGUUGGGAGUUGGAGAUGGAUGGGAAUUGCAGAUGGAUGAUGGAUGGGUGGAUUGACCACGUGAGCAGCACGACCAGACGCACUGUAUCCAUGGACACCGAGGUGAGCCCAAAACGGAUGGGGGCGUGGCGUGUGUGUGUGUGUGUGUGUGUGUACGGUUGUACGAAUGCAGUACGUGUGUCCGGAACUUGUGCGCCCGCAUUCCGGCAAGUAUGAGUUACGGAGAUGGGAGCUGUACGGCAGAACGCUGUGUGGAUCGCUUCCGACUUUAUGGAAGCGCCGGCGCCGUCUCUGCUAGCUUCCGCUCCCACGCCAGCAAUGGUUACGAUGGAUCAUGGACGGAUUGAUGCCAAAAAUGCGGUCACGUUGCCACGUGCUUAUUUUAGACGACCUGUAUCUUUUUGAGAAUCCAUCGCGAACCGUGAAGGAAACAGCUGGACGUUGCGAGACUGACGCAGGAGGUUUCACGGCGUGCAUGUUGUUGCAGAGGACUCACAGCGAAAGGCGGCGGCCGCCGGCAUGCGAAGAGAGGCGCAGCAGCGUCUAAGGAAGUCAUGUUCGCAUUCCACAAGCCAGUUCUGAGAUGUGAUGAAGCAUUGGCUGGUCAUUGACAAAGUUAGUUUCGAGCUUCCCGGCAUACAGAGCGACCGGUGAUGAUGGCUGCGGUGAUGCAAAAUUUUGGCAAUUUGGCAUCUGCAAUGCCACCUGCAACUGGAGCACGCAAGCUGGGUUCACGCAUGUAGGCGCGACUCCAGGUCUUUCUUAGCAAUAUGUGGUGUAGGCUUGAGGCAGGGAACCCGCACAGAGCGAGUUUGUACCGGUGGCUGCGUGUGUGGGUGUGGGUGUGUGGGAUUAUGGCGGUGCGGCCGCGUGGGGGCCGUGGCACUUGGUGUCGGUGUGCGCGCGUGGCCACGUCGGCUGGGGGGAUGAGGGUCGGCGGAUUGUAAGGCGGUGGUCCGGAGGGCCUCGGCUGCAGCAGGCCCCUUGGCAAGAGGUGGCGGUGGCCGUCCUGGGGAUGGUGGGCAAUGUCCGGCUCCCCGCCCCAGACGACGACUGUGUUCGGGGGCCGUGGGCCGCAGACUCCCUCUGAAGGUGGCAUGCACACCGGCACGGGUAACUGGGUGUGAGUCAUUUCCCAAAACCACCACCAGUGGAUGCCGGGCGCAUUGGCGCACUGCCUUGGGUCGUGGGGAACUUGGAUGAAAGAACCAGAAGGGGAGAGGGUAAGGUUGUGCGGGGGUGUCUCAAGUUUCAGUGUGUUUCUUUGUGUGUUUGUGCACGCACGUCCGCUCGUCGGAAGGCGGCUUGCGAGGCUUGCUGGGGUAUGCUUUUGCCCGAGGUCGGCAGGGGGAUUGCCGCAGCAUGGGCUGAUGUGGGCGUCAUGGGCAGCGAUUAGCUUUGGCGUGGGGUUGUGUGGGGUUGUGUGGGCGCCACGUCAGGCGAGACGCGCGGCCCCGGGGUAGGAAGCCGGUAAGGAUGGCAGCAAGGGGGCGGCGCCCAGGCGCGGAUGGAAAGUGAUUUGUGGAAUUUGCGAAGAGCGAGAGGGCUUUGCUGACGAACGGAUUCCUAUUCAACCUCCAGCACAACUAUUGCAUAUCGAUUUCUUUGCUGCUGUCAGUGUGGCGGUGUAAGCGGGGAUUUGGGCCUCGGAACCCUAAGCUGGACCGGGCGUGGUGCCUUUCGCCUCUGCUAGAUAUGGGUCACGGUAUGCAUGCUAGUAUGCUACUACUAGCUUUUAAAGCGAAAUAAGUACGGCAUUGGGGAAAGCCGGUCGCAUUGCUUCAAUUAACAACGGGUUAUGCUUUUUGCGUGUUAUCUGUACGUGGUUAGCCAGGGACCGGGAGGCAGGAACUGCUACCGCGGAGGUUGAGGCAAAGGCAACUAACUUGCCAUUGUUUGUUUGUGAUGCGGCCUUCAGGCGGUCAGGCGAUGAUGCAUUGGCGGGCGGGUGGCGAGUCGCACGGUCGCUCCUUCACACAAUUCGGCGCUGUAGGACACUGUGCGAGGCAUGCUCCAACGUGGGGGCUGUGCAGCAUUGAACGACACGCCACGCCGCGCCGCCAAUAAAGCAACAGGGAGGCGCAGAGACGGAGAGAUAUUAGCGCUCUCGACCACAACGCGGGCAGCUCACCAAGUGUGCGGUGGGCAUGGCAUCUGCGUGGGUGGCGGAGUUUGGCAAUGUCCUCUAUAGUUUCCAAAGGAGAUUUGAUUGUUGGGCUGCGGCACUGUCGUAAAACUCGGCUGCAAUAGUUGUGAUGGUACGCUUAGGGCGGCGGAGGCGGCGGACAUCAAAGCAUUAGUGGGCAUGGAUGUGGGCCUGAAGAGACGGGUGGGAUCGCGGAGGAGACACACAGAGGGCCCGGGCAUUGGGUGGGGCGGAGCAUUUGUAGCAGCGCAACACAUUGCUUCGGCGUGUGGGGACGCCGCGUUGGCGAGAGCCACGGAUGUCCCUAAUGCACCAUGGGGGCAUGUCGCACCCGUGGAGGGCACUGUGGCAGCACUGGUGGGUCGAGCACAGGGCGCUGCGGGGCGUGGCGUGGGCAUGCCAGUCACAAAGUGUUUGGGGGGCUGCGGCAGAGAUGGCAGACGACAUGCACUUGGUGUCGUAUUGACCCGACACCGCAUAUCGCGCCUGUAACGGCCUGGUGGCUUCG